AUGAUGCUGUUAUCGCAAUCCGUUUGUUUGAUCUUGCUGGCCUUGAGCUUCCUCGUUAGUAGAGCUCGAAGCGAAAUUAUGGGCUAUCGAACAGUUUCCAAAGAAGAAGCCAAUAUUAUUAAUCAGCGUCGAAAGCCUUAUAGAGACGAUAGCUUCGAUAAAAUGGCUUUAUAUUUCAAUUACUUAGGAGUUGGCUACAGUCUAGUAAACGUACCUGCUGGCUGGCCGAGUAAUGAUGACGAAUGGCAUUGUGUUAUCGAAGCGGAUAGUAAUAAGCUUGAUGCUGUAAGCAAGAUAUGGAUUCCAGAAUAUUUCGAUGACCCUACUUGGUUUGGUAAGACUGAACGAGUAGAACUAUGGGACGCAAAAGAAGAAGUUAUCAAAGAAUAUAUUGAGAUAAAAACAGGACUGGACGCGGAAAAAACAUUGCGAUUUUCACCUGCUAUUUCACAGGUUAAGCAUAUGGAUGCCAACAUGCUGCAAAUGGUCAUUCCAACUAAAGCUAUAAAAAAUGACGAGUUAGGUUUUUGGGCUCAUUGCUUUGAAGAAAAGCAAGAGCUGCUGAACUAUUCGAAAGAAACUAUUCCUUGGGAUCAGUGGGAAAUUCAAGGAUUUCCUUCAAAUUAA